UGCUACACCGGUAUAGCUCGUGUUUGUAAGCAAACCUCGUUUGUCACAUGACAACUGAAAGUAAAACAUCGAUGAUAAAUCAUUGUUGUGGUCGAACUUCCGAUAUUAUUCACUCUCUACGUCUUUCCGAGAAAGGAAAUUACUUCUGACAAUACAGUAUUCCUCUAGAGAGAACCAGUGAUGAUGCAGUUACUCUUCCCAGUUUUAGCAUUGAUGCCAAUGCUCACUCUCACAGAAGGUGCUAAUAAUACAUCAAACACGAACUUUUCAGUGUCUGCUGGAUACAUAUCUUCAGCAAUAUCUGUCAUCUUUUAUGGUAGCAACUUUGUACCUGUUAAACAAUUUGAAACGGGUGAUGGAAUGUUUUUCCAAUGGGUAUUAAGUUCUGGUAUAUUCCUUGUCGGACUUGUCAUCAACAUGUACAAACAGAGUGUCUUUUACCCUUUGGCAAUGGUUGGCGGCGUCAUUUGGGCAACAGGAAAUCUGUGUGUUGUAACAAUACUGAAAACUAUUGGUCUCAGUUUGGGGUUGUGUAUUUGGGCUACAACCAGUCUGUUGAUGGGUUGGCUCAGUUCAAGCUAUGGUUGGUUUGGCAUCAAGGAAGAGAAAUCACAUAACAUGGUCAUGAACUACAUUGCCCUGGCUUUUGCUAUCUUGAGUGGAAUUACCUACACUUUGGUGAAAAGUGAAGUAUCAACUUCAGACUCAAAUGACCCUCCAUACAGAGAGGUUAUUGAAUAUGACCCAGAUAUUACUGCUUCUGCAAAUUCUGCUCCGGUAAUCCAAGAUGAAGUCGAUGAAGGUAUCACUGUUAUUAAUAAACUCUCUCCUACAAAAAAACGGAUUUUAGGUACUGUUUUAGCAAUUGGUUCUGGAUGCUUGUAUGGUCUCAACUUUGUUCCAGCUAUCUAUAUUCAAGAUCAUUAUUCUGGUGCCAGUCCUAAUGGUUUGGACUAUGUUUUCGCUCAUUACUGUGGGAUUUACUUGACUGCAUCAGUGUAUUUCUGUAUCUAUGUUAUUUUCAUGCGUAACAAACCAGUAGUUUACCCUAAAGCUAUUCUCCCAGGGAUCAUAUCAGGAAUAAUGUGGGGUGUUGCCACGGCCUGCUUUUUCGUGGCCAAUGCCGUUCUGUUGGAACCAGUCUCCUUCCCCAUUAUCACAUCGGGGCCAAUGUUGAUUGCCUCAGCAUGGGGAGUGUUGCUCUUCAAAGAAAUUAAGGGACUCAAAAACAUGUUAAUCCUGUUUUUAGCAUUCGGUCUAACAAUAGUCACAGUCGUUCUUUCUGGACUAUCGAAAGUGAAUUAAUAAACAUCCAGUUAUAAACAUUAAUUCUUCUUGCAGUGGUAUAUAUAUAUAUAUAUCACACACAUACAUAUGUAUAUACAUACAUAUGUUUACUUACACAUAUACAUAAAUAUAUUUAUACAGGGUGAUUCAAAAAGUUCUUUAAGCAUGAAUAUAAACUGGUUAAUCGCUGAGGUCAGCUGGGUUCAGUGGAGUUUUUGUCUCUCAUUCAUCCUUCUUUCUACCUCUCCCUCACACCUCUUCAUCACAUCUUUCACCCAUUACCACUUCACUGCAUUUAUUAAAUCCCCAACUUCAGCACCUCUUAAAAAAACACCUAUAAUGCUGCUCUAAAA